UUGGAGCGAGACAGCGUCGAGAUCGACAACUACACCACGUACGUCGUCUUCAGCCUUUUCAAAUAAAACUGACUUGAGUUGAGUUUCAAGCGGUCAAAUGUUUGUUUAUCAACCGCUGUCUUAUGCCAGGUUAUUGUUCAUCUUCUGUUAGCUAUAUUCUUUAAUGUAGUAAAUUCAUAUUCAUUCAUAUAUUUAUUUAUUUUUACCUUAAACUGCCCAGCAAUUCACAUUAACACACGCAGCGCCCUCGAGCGGACAAGAUGACAAAAGCAAGACGACUAUAAUUCAACUACAUAUCCCACAAUGCACCGUUACUGCAGUUCAUUUUGCUUCCGAGUUGAAUAGAAGUGAACGUUAGAGACACAUUUCAACCGGCAAAACGUGAUUUAAUAGACGAGAAACCCACUUUCAGCGGUUCACAUGGACUCCACAUGAGAUGCUUUCGCUUUUAUAAGCGUGUUCGUACCUGCCAGGAUGGAUCUUGGUAAGGCAAAGCUACUUAGGACAGGUCUCAACACUCUACACAAAGCCAUCCACCCGGUGCACGGGAUAGCCUGGACGGACGGCAAGCAGGUCUGCCUGACGGCUUUCUACUGCAUCAAUGGCGAGGUGAACUUUGGGGACACUAAUGUAAUCGGGCAGUUUGAGCAUGUCUUCGGGCUCUUCUGGGGCCCGCUCUGCUGCUCUGACUCCCCUGCCUUGCUUGCUGUUCAGCACAAGAAACAUGUAACCGUGUGGCAGCUGCAGCUCAGUGCCCUCGAGCAGAACAAGCUGCUGUGCACUCAGACCUGUGAGAUGAGUGAGCCUUUCCCCUUGCUCUCCCAAGGCUGUGUGUGGCAUCCUAAACUGGACAUUCUGGCUGUGCUGACCAAGAGGGACACUUCUGUGUUGUUUUCUGUCAGGGUGGACAACAGGAGAACUAAAGCAGACAUAAAAGGUAGUGGACUCAUCCACUGUGCGUGCUGGACUAAGGAUGGUACGCGCCUGGUGGUGGCUAUCGGCAGUGCUCUUCACUCUUACAUCUGGAAUGACAUCCAGAAGAGUCUGGUGGCCUGCUCCUUCUGCCCCAUCUUUGAUGUGGGAGGCUACAUCUGUGCCAUCGAGGCCACGGGGGAGGCUCAAGUAGCUGUGGCUACAGAGCUGCCUCUGGAUAAAAUCUGCGGGUUAAAUGCCGGCAUGUCCUUCGACGUGCCGCCAGAGGCCGAAUCCCCGCAUGGCCACGGCUCGCAUGGCGCCACUUCAGAUGAAGACAGCCCGCUGGAGUCGCGAAGAAGAUCGUCUGAAUCGGACAGGUCCUUCUUCCCCAGCUCGGGCCCUCUAGACCUCACCCACCUCUUGGCGAGGCACCGUCGCUCCGACCCCAGCCCCCUUAUUCACCUGCGUCGACGAGACACCAUGACAGGCUCUGGCCAGGACUCCUCGCACCUCAUCCUGGUCACCUAUGAGCGUAAAGUCACCACCACCCGCAAGGUCAGCAUCCCAGGGAUUUUGGUUCCGGACAUUGUGGCUUUUGACCCCCGUGGCUCCACAGUUGCAGUGGCUUCCAACACCUGCAACAUGGUGCUUGUGUACUGCAUCACCGCCUCUGCCAUGCCGAACAUUCAGCAGAUAUCUCUACAGACAAACGAGAGGCCCAAAGGAGUCUGCUUCCUCAGUGACAAUAUGCUGCUGUUGAUGGUGGGCAGGCAGAAGUCCAACGACCCUGCCUUCCUUCCGUCCUCUAACACAGAUAAAUACAUUCUUCGUCUCAUGGCCAAAGAGUGGAUGUACGACGGAGACACUCCUAUCCCGCCAUCCCCGUCUGCUCACAACCAUGAGUCCACCUCUAAUUUCUGCCCAAGGAUUAGAAGGCACUCAGAGCACCUAUCUAAGGAUGAGAGGGAGCGCCCAGGGAUAAAGGACUUGGUGUUGCCUGGAGGGGGGGUAAUUCGUUCACCAGCUAACAGGCGCAGGCUGGUGGAGGAGGUGAGGAGCGGUGAGCCCAGCCCCGUCACCAGCUCUGUGGACUUUUCUGACCGAGCGUCAGACAGAGCCCUGUCCAGUACGUCCUCCAUCACGGUGGAAAAUUUCGACAUGGACCACGUCAACCGCAUGUCCAGCCUGGCGGUGGCCGGCCAGGCCAGCAGAGACUCCAGCCGGUCCAGCUCUCCUCGCCUGGAGCCGUCGGACAAGCUUCACUCAGACCCGACGCUGCCUAUGCCUGAGAAGACCCCGGGCCAAAUGGCCAAGGAGCGCGGACUGGAGCAGCUCGUUCACAACAUGGAGAGGCUUUUUACACGCUUCGCAGAUGUGCAGCAGUGCCUGACAGAAAUCAGAGAUUAUACCCAGAAUGGCAAGAAGGCGCUGACUGUCUACCCCAAUGCCUGUGAACCCCCCUAUGUCAAUGUCACAUGUCAGAAGCAGUUAUCAGAGAAUGUGUUCAUUGAUGAGCGGAGGCCAGUGCUGCUGUGUGAUGGGAAGCUGUGUCUGCGUGCCCUCCAAGACCUCUUCAACCUAACUAUUGUGGAGAUGAUGUACGGUCCAUUGUGGAUUGUACUUGUGGCAGAUGCGGACGGCUUCGUGCCUCUGACUUUCAAGCCCAAAGAGGAACUUACGGUGCGGAAUGGGAAACGGAAAACUACCAUACGGACCCCUGGGAGUCCAGAGACCUCCUGCCCAUCCAGUCCAGCUCCCAGCCAAAACCCCAGCACAACCACAGAGGUCUCCUUAUAGUGCCUCUUAACAAACACCUCAAUUCCUGAACGUGUGCACCUGUAUUCCUGUUACUUUGAUAUAUUUGACUGGAAGUAUGCAAGGCAAAGUGGAUGUGGCAUAAACACGAACAACUGACUCAUGCAUAAGUUAUAUGUCACAUUUAUUCUUGUAUCAGAAAACAAUUUGGAAAGGGCUGCCUAUUCAGAUGUGAUGUUUACAUGUUGCUGCUUUGAAAAUGAAAGCUUACCUGAAAGAAGCUCUGAGCCAUGUUUUUUCUUUGAUUUAUUUGUUGACAAAAUGCAGUGCAGUCUCUGAGGUCUAAUCCUUCAUUAAAGCAGGACACCAAUUGUAGUGACAUGGCACUCUACUAACAGCUUUGAGUAUGUUUUAGGGACGAUAUAAGACGUGUUUUCAAUUGUCCUGAUGUCCUGGUACAAGAAUUGAUAGAGGCGUGUAUAUGAUGUAAAUGUUUUAUUUUGAUCUUUAUUUGUUAUUACCUGAGCACUGCAAGAAAUACCCACACUUGUGGGGGAAGUGAGGUGUAUGAAAUUCAGAUUUUACCCUUUCAAAUUCUGGAUUUGCACUUUUUUGCUGAAUAGUCCCACUCAAAUGUUCCAAGUGUAAUUUAACCUUGUUAUACAACCCUCUGGGGAUGUCUAAAAAUGUUGAGGAGAACACAAUUGAAGCACUUUUUCUUCUGUAGUUGUAUUGUUACAAAGCUAAUAACACAACUGACCACUAGAGGGGACAAGACUCAACAGAAACCUCCCUGUCAUUGCUAUACAGUGUCAUUCAAAGCUCUGUAGAAGACCAAAUAAGUGUACAUUAAAAAAUAUAUUUUUUUGGAUAGCUUUUUGAUUAUUAAAUCUGCAUUACCAGUG